UCGUGGCUCCCUUACCUAGGUCCUUCGCGAUACUCCGUCCGGUCCCGCCUAUUCUCUGCCCCGGACCUUUAGGCUUCUCUUGGCCCGUUUGAAGACCAGGAAGUUGAUAAGUCGCGAGGCUCGCUGCUGAGAGACGGUGGCUCGGGUGGGACAGUCGCCAGGGAUGGCGGAGCGUAAGGAUGGAGCGAGUGUCCGGACUGCUCUCCUGGACGCUGAGCAGAGUCCUGUGGCUGUCGGGCCUCUUUGAGCGGGGAGCUGCCCGGCAGCCCCGGAUCAUGGAAGAGAAAGCGCUAGAAGUUUAUGAUUUGAUUCGAACUAUCCGGGACCCAGAGAAGCCCAAUACUUUAGAAGAACUGGAAGUGGUAACGGAAAGUUGUGUGGAGGUUCAGGAGAUAAAUGAAGAAGACUAUUUGGUUAUUAUCAGGUUCACGCCAACAGUACCUCAUUGCUCUUUGGCGACUCUUAUUGGGCUGUGCUUAAGAGUUAAACUUCAGCGGUGUUUACCGUUUAAACAUAAGUUGGAAAUCUACAUUUCUGAAGGAACCCACUCAACGGAGGAAGAUAUCAACAAGCAGAUAAAUGACAAAGAACGAGUGGCAGCUGCGAUGGAGAAUCCCAAUUUACGGGAAAUCGUGGAACAGUGUGUCCUUGAACCUGACUAAUAGCUGUUUUAAGAGCCACUGAACUGGAAUCAUUUGAUAUAUUUGUUUAAACUCUUUGUAAAAUGUAAAAGACUCAUGUUUAAUAUGUAGGUGAUUUGUACCUCAGUGCAUUUUUUUAAAGGAUGAUUUCCAAGCAAGAUUUAAUUAUAAGGUAGUACCUAGUUUGUUCAGUGUUUAACAUUCUCAGGAUUUGUAACACUUAAAUGAUCGACAGAAAAAUAUUUUCUAGUAAUUAUGUGUCAGAUGAGUUGCUAUUUUUCUGAUGCCCAUUCUGAUACAACUGCUUUUCAUGUCAAAUAUCUACUGUGCCCAAAUGUAUUCAGUUUAAAUCAUUACUCUGUAAAUAAAUAAAACAGAGAUGAUUCUUGUA